UUGCCUUUUUUAUUAUUUAUUUCUCUUUUUUUUCUCUCUUUCUUUCCUUGCUUUACUGUAUGCUAUAGAUCAAAUUUAUAAAAAUGAGUUCAACAAACAGUCCAGGCGGAUGUACCUAUCGUUUUAUUGAAAGCAGCCUUUCUAGUUCUUCAGACCAAAUACUUUAUGACAUUGAGAUAAGACAACAGCCACAAAGAGCCAAAGUCAGCUUGAUUAACGAAAGAGACCGAAGACCCAUUGAACCCCCACCCAUUCUUCAACUUCACUGGCAAAAUUGUUCAGAAGAAGAAUUAAAAAAACGUCUUCAGAGUCCUUUUUAUUUUACUGUAGCCAAUCUUGUUACUGUGCAAGAUCCUGAAACUCCGUUAUUACCUGCACAAGAGUAUCUCUCGGGCACGACCGUGUCAUCUCUUUAUCGACUUCGAGAUAUUGAUAAUUCUGAUGGUGGCUUCUUUGUUUUUGGAGACCUUGCUGUAAAAAAAGAAGGCAAAUUCAAAUUAAGGUUCUCACUGUUUGAAAUAGUCGAUGGUCAAGUUAAAAAUCGCAGGACCAUUCUAUCAAACACGUUUACUGUACAUAUACCAAAGCAAUUCCCUGGUCCUAUAGAAGCUACAUUUCUCUCAAGAACGUUUUCUGAUCAAGGUGUUAAGAUGAGAAUCAGAAAAGAGCACCGUCUUCAAUCUCGAAAGAGAAAACCAGAGAGUACAGUCACUGAUACUUCUGUCAACAACAACAGUAACAACAACAAUGUGGCUAUUACCAAAAAAUAUCGCUCCAAGCAUAUGAAGAUGAUUGUAUCUUCAGAGUCCUCAGAUGCAAAUGGUACUUCAGACGUCUUUUUUGGAAGAUGGCAAGCAACGAGUCGCAUUACACCGCCACCAACACAAACACAUCAGUACAUGACAGAAGAAGACAUGAAGAACAAACAUCGAUACCAACAAGCAGAAAGCCAUGCUCAAGCUUUCCCAAGCCCAGAAAGCACCAUCUACAAUACAAUGUCUACUUGUUCUUCGUCAUCACCUACACCACGUUCUAUGACUUAUCAACGAGAAUCUCCUUAUCUCUAUAGACCUGUGCCUAUGCAUUACUCUUCACCUCCCAUGGCUGAAUCUCCACUUUCUUCAUCUAUUCCACUACCUUCCGAUCCAUCCUUAGCCAAAUAUCAUAUGUGCUCUGACAGCCAUCACUCACGUAUGGAGCAAUUACCUUCACCGCCUUCUUGUAUCACUGAUAUGCACAGAACACAAGAUUGGGGCACAAGACUACCUCCUCUAAGGGCUAUUAUGAAUGGUUCUUCAUCACUCUUCCCACUCUUGUUACCUCCUCCAUCUACCAUGGUUCGAAUAGAACAGCCAGUAUCAUAUGCUCAACGUCCUCAUUAUUACUGUUAAACAACCAUUUUUCUUUUGUACAUUUAUCAUUGACAUUCCUUUCAUUCUUAUUUGCCCCCCUUUUUUUUCAUUACAGCAACUUAUAUGAUUCUUUUUUUCCCCUUUUCUUUUGUACAGCUUUCCUUUCAACAAAUACAGUAACGAACAAUAUCUUAGAAUGUAUGUAGUGUAUAGCUUUUAUAAAUAUAAAAUAUGCCAUUUUUAAAGAAAAAAGAA